CGACUUCGGCCGGACAAUUGUUUAUAUUUAUAGUGUUCAAGUUUUGCAGAUUUCAGCCUAUUCUAUUCAGCCUUAUUCUAUUCCACUAAUUUGAAAGGAUUACAAUCACCAAUUUUAAAGUAUGACCGAAUCAGUAGUUUCCAGUCGACACAAGGAUUGCCUUCCCUGUCGUAUCAUUAGUGGAACUGGUGUUAUCGGAAUGGGCAUCUACGUUUGGGUGCAGGCCCAGAAACGGCCCCAAAAGGUCGGUCGGUUCGCGAUGUGCGGAAUUGCGGCUGUCGCGGGUGGAAUUGGACUAACUAGAAUUAUCGAUAUCUAUCCAUUUGGCAACCCGAAGGAUCCCCCAAAGCAAUAAGACAGAAAUUAUAGUUGUACAUAUUUAAAUGUUUAAUUAUUACGUUGAAUAA